AUGGAAUUCGUUGUAGUUGCCAAGUGUGAUAAUUUUUACACGUCAAACUCGCACGAGGCUAACCAAAAAAAGGUAAAACUAAAACUUUGUUUGCUAGCAAGGAUACUGAUGUGGUUGGAUAGACAAAAUCUCUUAACGUAUUACUAUCGUCCUUGACACACCUGUUGCGCAAGAAAGAUUAGAUUAGCAACACUUGUUGCGCAAGAAAGAUUAAAUUAGCACGGAAAUGAGAGAACAGCAUUUUUGACUUAGCCCAUGCUUCCUGACAUCUGACUAAGGAAAUAAUACAGUGGAACCUCGAUUAUAACGAAGUGCCAAGGGAUUGGCAAUAUUUGUUCACUAUAAAGAGGUUUCGUUAUAUCGAUGUUCUUUUUCAUAUAUUUUACUGUUACUGGGGUAAAGAAAAUCGUUCGUUAUAUAGAGGUUCCACGGUCGUUCCCUUCCUCAAAAUCAGCAACUAAGAAAAUAAUUUUCUUCGUCUCAAAUUCGUAUUGGAGCAAGAUUAAGAGUGUAGUCAUUCGGGCAGCAUGCGUGUAAAGUCGUCGCAUUUGCCAGUUGGAUUCUUUUGGCAGAAAAUGCAACGGCUAUACGCGUAUCACGCCGCCAGUGAGUACAAUGAAUCACGACACCCUUGAGUUUUAAGUAGUGCUAAGCUUAAUCGCGCAAGACUAAUGAAACACUGAAGGAAUGAAAUACCAAGGAACACAAGUAAAUUCAGCAUAGUAAAGAAACUGUACUUGAAUUUGAAAGAAGAAACUGCCUUUUCUUUGUUACAAGUCCAACUCAAAAUCAAACUUAGAAUUGGCGACUCACCGAUCGAACAUUUCAUUUUUUACUGACAGUAUUUGCUCAAGCAAGCUAUUCUCUGACUGAAGUCUGUGUUUCAACAAGGAAGUUAACGAUUUCAUCAUCAAUUAAGGUUACUGAUGCAUGAAAUACAUUGGUCUUUUGUUUGCUUUCAGUAAAACCACAGGUCUGAAAGCGUAAGUGGUUGUCUUUACAUUAGGCUGUUAAGUAAGACUUAAAAGCUGCUAAGUUUUACUUGACCAAAAAUGGGUGUGUGAAGGCCCAAGUAAGAUCUCAAGCAACUUUACUUUGCGUCUCAUUAAAGUAGGAAAGUUCAAACGAGUCAACAAAGUUUCAAGUGAUUUGAAAACCAUCCUUAUGACCGACUUAACUGACUUGCGGUUUCUUGAGCUUUGAGAACAGCAAAACAUGUCAGUCAAUCUUAAUUAUGUUGUGUCUCAUCGGUUAUGUGUCAAGUUUCUUAUUCUAGUUGAAGUAAUUAAAAUUUACUUGUCUUGAAAUAUUUCUUAGCUUAUUUAGGCUCUAGUGUAAAGACUACCAGUAUGAAUUUCGGUUAAUUUAGUUUUUACAAUUUUCCUAUUAAAAUAAUAAUCGGCGACUUAAAGAAACAGAGUCAUCAAUAGCAACUGCGACUGGAAAGCCAAUUUUAUAAAUAGGAUAUUUAUGAGUCUAUAUUGAGUAAUACCUUGCCUCAUAGGGACAAAACACUUCCGAGAAUCUAAAACACUUCCGGAAAUCAAAAACACUUCCGGCAAUCCUAAACACUUCCCAGAAUCCAAAACGCUUCCCAGAAUCCACAAACACUUCCCAUGCAGAAUCCAAGAGUGUUUUGGAUUCUGGGAAGUGUUUAGUCCCUACGAGCCAUCGUGGAGUAAACUGGAAUCGUUCCUUUUAAUCUUAAACCAUAUCAUUUUCGAAAGUUACUAAAAAUAAACGCGGAACGGGGGACGGAGAACGAGUACGGGGUGAAGGAGAAAACGAAAAAUGGGAGAAAAUAAACAAAGAAUUGGAAACGAGUUACCAGGGUUCAAUUUAGGUUUUGUACACAAGUUUUCAUUUUUCCUGUUUCCCGCGCUUGUUCCCCGCACCCCAGGGGGUGAGUGGCAGGUAAAUAGGAAAUGUUUUCUUUCUCAUUGGCCGUUUUUAUACUAAGGACGCAUUAUCCGUCUGGACGAACUUGGGCAAACAUUUUGUUGUUCGUUUGGGGGAUGUUACUAAAAUGGGGAACGAGUUGUCAGCGGGAACCUCCAUAAAAAUCCAAAAUGGCCCGUAAGGAUCAAGAACCCGGUAAGAUCGAUGAUAGAGAAGCGUCGAAACAGCACUUAAGGUCGCUAUUUUACUAAUGAACUAUAUGUUCAUGAGGUGCUUGAAAUAAUACGGAGGUAAUAAUGUCAUGACAUUUUUCACCUUUUUGCGUUUUACUAAACAACAAAAUAUGCUCCAACAGCAGUUGAAAGAAGCUACAGUCGGGACAAAAACUCUCAAAGCACAGCCAUAUUUGGAACUCAAGCGAAUCUAUACUGGGUCUAACUCACAAAGCAAUGAGCUACUUUUGCUUGACGCUUUUCGUAGGGUUUUGGCUUAAAUACAUGCUGAAAGAUAACGUAGAUCGAAGCAGCCAAGUGUAUUUCCUCGACAGUAAUAGUGUAGCAGUGGAGCUCCUUCCCAGCUGUAGCGUUUUUUCAAGCCCAGAUUAAAACAUGUUGGCGAUGAGAUAAAACUGUAAGUCUAAUAAUAUUAUAUUUACAAACCUAUGAUGAGAAGUAAGUGCAAUUGUAUUAUUUGAAAAGAUAAGAUGAAUCAGGUUAUUUAAUACAUCAAUAAAAGGCAACUUUAAACAUAUUAACGGGCAAUGUGCCAGGAACAUCAAUCAUACCUUGGUCUUAAAGAUGUCAGUUGUUUCAAAGCAAAUGGCUAUGCUGUGGUUUUUUUUAUUGUAACCUAGGUUUAAAUUUUGCUUCCCUUUGUUUGGGGGUACGGUAAUAUGAAUUUUAUGAUUAUGAGUUCAAAUCAAAGAGGAUAAAAUUCAAACUUAGGAUAAAAGUGAACCACAAGUGAGCUGCAAUAUUAAGUGUUGCAAGUAUAGGUGAGGGAAGUACUUUAAAGUCUUUGGUUGGAAGGUACUUUCUCAAGGCUAGCUGUUAAAAUAUGCAUGGUAAGUAUACUUCCUCUGUUUAGCCCUCUGGAUGCUUUUUUUUCUUCUAGGGGGACUCCUUUAAUGUUUUUGCAGAGGGGAGCUCUGCUUCUCUUUAAUGAACAUUAUUUUUACUGUGGAGAAAAAUAUUUCAAGCUCAGUGUAAAACAGAAUGUAUCAGUGACUUAAACCAGUUAAUAUUGUCAAGCUGCUUUAUUAGCUUGAUUCAGUAAUAUUGCAGUGCACCUGCCAUCAAGCAUCACAUCAUCAAUGUUGCAGAGGUUGGCAGCUUAUUAGAAGGUGGUUGAUAAGCCUUCAAGCAAGCUGUCUGUGGUUUUGGAAAUAAAGAGUCUAAGGUCUCACACAAGUGAUAGGAGGCAAAAGAUUGGAGUGCCGAUAUGUUUUUCAGUAAACACGCGCAACUGUAUGUGUAUAGUGGCCACAUUACGCUUACUCAGUGCAUGUAAAAUAACACAAUAGAUCUUGCUACCCAUUUUCCCUCAUUUUAUUUGCCCUCCAGGGGACAUAAUGUCUUUUAACAUAUCGGGGUUUUCAAAAAAGGGGCAAGAAGCUUUUAAAUGAAUUUUAAUUCAUUUAAUGAAGCACACGGUAUCAAAGAAAUUAAAGAGAAGAAUCAGACUAGAGUAACAGUAACCCAGAGGGGGGGGGGGGGGUACUCACCAAAGAGGCUCUGCCCCAGGGACCAACCCUGUACCCUUUGUAUGUACCAUUUUAGACAGAAAAGGUACCCCUUUUGUAUACCCUCUAGUGACAAAUGGUACCCCUUUCACAUACCUAAUUUUGAAUGCUGCAUCCCUUUUUAACUGCUGUAAAUACACCAUCUUUACAAUAUGAAUAAAUAGCUAAAACAGGUUUUCUUGUCUCUCACAUCCAUAAAAUGCAUCUGUGACUGAUCUCAUUUUGGUCCCUUUCAUAUACUUCAGCUAUAAAAACCCCUUCCCUUUCAUGUACCUGAAGCCUGAAAAAGGCUUCAGGCUCUGUUUAGGCUAUUAUAGUACCCCCUCCUCCUGCACCGAGAACAGUACUUGAUACAGCGAUAUUAUAUAGUAUGAAUUGCACCAAGUGAUAAUGUUGCAUUCAAUGCAAUCCAAUGGUUUUGAUUCAGGAAAGGGUCGUCAGGGGUAUUUCGCAGAAAGACAAAUGGCCACUGUACGACUUGAUGAAGCAGUUACUGAUUAGGGUGAGGAAAAUGAGUGAAUUAGGUUCCAUUAGGGUCAUUAUACUGGUCUAUACUGGGCAAACUGACCUGAAACAAAUUGUUUCACAAAAUAAUAAAAUGAUAUUAUUCUAUUUUCAUGGAUCAGUGAAACACUUUAAUAUCGUGAAUGCUUGCAGUGUAGUAGAUCUAAUAAUAUUUAAAGCAGAACCAGAUUGUUAAAGUAGUCUUACUAAUUAUGUGAUGAAGUGGUCAAUAACAUUUUUCAAAGCAGUCAUCUCUAUCAAAGGAAAUAGAAGAAAACUGCACACAAGCUACUUGACUACUUCGAUGUAUGUUAUCUAUCAUGGAAAAGUAGUUCAUUGCUUUGUGGGCUAGACUCAGUAUAGAUUCGCUUGAGUUCCAAAUAUGGCUGUACAUGUGCUUUGAGACUUUUUGUCCCGAUUGGCUUCUUUCAACUGCUGUUGCCGUUGGAGCAUAUUUUGUGUCCUACGGAUAAUUGUUUAGUAAAACGCAAAAAGGUGAAAAACGUCAUGAAGUUAUUACCUCCGUAUUAUUUCAAGCACCUCAUGAGCAUAUAGUUCAAGUAAAAUAACGCGGUUAUCGGUUAAGUUUGUUUCGACGGUUCUCUAUCAUCGAUCAUCGGCCAUAUUGGAUUUUUAUGGAGGUUUUCGCUGACAACUCGUUCCCAGACUUCCGUUCCCCGUUCCCUGCUCCCCGCUCCCCGCUCCCCGCUCCCCGUUCCCCGUUUUAGUAACAUCCUUCGUCUGGGUUAUGUAUCUCUAGUAUAAAGACGGGUACAAGACGCACUGUUAUGCGCCCAGACGAACUACCCUUCGUAGUGCGUCGUUCAAGACGUAUUUCGAAGGAAAGUUCGUCCAGACGCAUAAUGCAUCUUGUGCCCGUCUUUAUACUUGAGACGCAUAACCAGACGAACUACUAAUGUUUGCCCAAGUUCAUCCAGUCGGAUAAUGCGUCCUUUGUAUAAAAACGGCCAUAGACGCAUUAUCCAGUAUAAAAACAGCCAUUUUUUCCUCGCGCGUUGCGGUUGCCAAAAUGACUAGUGAGGAAGUUUGAGGCCUUGAAGCGUUUGAAGCUUUUGUUGAAAUAAGAACUGAAUCCAAUAAAUUAGCUGUUCGAAAUGCUGAACUAUGUACAAAAAAAAUCAAAAGCCUGAAGAAGAAGGCAUCUUGCUAGACUGACUUUUGCCAACUUCUCGGUCAAUUGAAAAGUGCUUCACCGAGAACUGCGCACAAUUAUAAUUGGUUACUCGGCGAAAGAUGUAGCCGAUUCGAUUGAUUACUUCCAUAAAAUUAAGUUAAAUAAAUUAAGUCGUGAAAAAGCACAGUUUUUUGUAGCAGAAAAAAAGAAAAGAGAAGCCAGACAGUUAGUCGAAGGGGGGGGGGGAUGUGGGAAGGAUGAAAAGUAUCAGCGUUAAGAAAACGUGCGUGGAUCAGAUCUUCAUACAAAAGCAUUUUGUCGCAAUAUAAUAUUUUUUCUUAGUUAAAAUGCUUUUAACAGGUGAAUUGUCAAUGCUAUUUUGAAGCUAGUUCGAUUUUAACCUCACGAUGACGUGUAUGGAUCUCAUAGGGACAAUGUCAUCUUUUUUCAAAAGCACUUUGAAAGCACUUUUGAACAACGUCAGAUAAAAAAAUAAUGGCUAGAUUUUCAUUUAAAAUGGCUAAGAUCAAGGCAUUUCUUGGUUCAAUCUUACAUAUUAAGGACACUAACUGAAAUAAACAGUACAAAGCUCGGCAUAUGCAGGAGUAUCAAAGAUAGCUUUAACGUUUGGGAAUCAAAAAGAACUUUGUUCCAAAUUCAACAUCUUAAAGAUAUAACCUGAUUUCUGGGAAUUUCCUUCAUAACAAACAAGCUGGUGAAUGAGAACUGUAGUCUUACCUUAGUUGUUGUAAAUCACGUCCAAAGAACGUACAACGUUCUACCAAGUGUCUCUUGCUAAACUGUAUAAGCUCUCUUUGUGUAUCGGCGUAUUAUAUAUAGCGUCUUAGGCAAAAAGCGAAUGCAUCAAAAGACAUGUGACGUCAAGCCAGCUCUGGCACCUGUGAACGAUUAAGCUGAUUUCAGUGCAUUGCUGGAAUAAGGUUAAGGACGCAGUUCACUACAAAGAAAACAAACAAAACUCUUCUGACAGUUGAUUUUUUUAUUAAUUUUCUGCGCAUUUACAUCUCCACCUUAUCAGAAAAUGGUUUAUUUAAAGGAAGAGAAGAUUGUUUAGAUAAAGUGUCGUUUUUUGCUAGAAUUGUUAAGGUAUAGUCCCCAGUUAAGGCAGUUCCCACUUCAAGCUUUAACUAAAGUUAUACUGACAGAUUGGCCCUUAAGCUUGUCAGACGAAGCCAGCUUAUUAAUAAGUACACUUUAUUUCAAAAAGAAUUAAAAGUUAUUUUACGUAUCAUUUUUUACCGCUGAAUUUCUCUACAAUUAGGUAAUAAUGCCCUUCAGCAAAUUUUUGCCCUUGAACUUUAUUCAUAACCAGCUUAAAAUUCCCUGUGAUAUGGAAGGGACACAAUCAUGACUCUGAUGGCUCUUGGGUUUGUCCAUUGAUCGAUUCGAAAGGUCUAACUCUUGCAUACUCCGCCAAAGACCUUGUGUUGUUCCACACCAGCAACUUACUUUUGAUGACCAUGUUUUAAAAACUACCUCAUCCUGUGUGUCAAGUUAAAUAAGCCUCGCAAAUGAGUCGCGUUAAACAUGUUUUAGAUCGUAAUCAACUCGUGACGGUAAUAAAUGCCUUAGUCUUUAAUAAUGAAAUGACAGUGCUGUUCUACAGUGUGGUCAAACACAUCGAACAAAAAUAUCUCUAGACUACAUGUACAGUCAGUGCAGAACUUUGCCGCGAGAAUUAUUUCAGAAACCGGGAAUGGUUACAUAACCCCCGUAUAAAAUUAAACAUCUGUUCUUCAGGGGCGCUGUCAUGGCUGCAGGGCGUGUAAAACGAAAGCGUCCUAUAUUAUAUUGAAGUCAAGAGCCAUUCAGAGGUCUUUUUAGUACAGCGUGGUGCACAUUAAUGGAAAAAUUUAGACAGUACUCUUAAAGCCGCAAAAUCGAUUCAAACUUUUAGAUUUUGCCUCAAAAAAUAAAUUGAUUACUUCCUUUUUAAAUAGCAUCACUAACAUGUAAAGAUAGUAUUCUAUAAUCAUUCCAAUCCUUAGUGGGAUUGCGGAUUCCAAAAGAAAAUUUCCUAGAUUCAGGAAUCCGGAUUCCCUAACUUGGGGCGAAAAUAUGCUAAGUCAGUAGAGUUGAGAAGGGACAAAUUCCGUCUUGAUAGGGAUUACCUUUCAUGAGCUAAAAUAGCCAGUAUUAGUACAAACCUCAUUGACAUGCAUUAAAAUUAAACACUAUGAAAAGAAAACAGAUCAUUUUUCUUGUUUGUUUCGGCUACCUUAAUCGCAUGUUUUGGAAACCUCUCAGUGAGUCCUCAGUUGUUUGCAAUUACAUUGAAAGUAGUUUUGGUCUGAGCUAUUUGAGUUCAAAAGUCAUUAGAGCUCAACUUUCGGUCGUUUUCACCAGAAUUUUAUAUGAUUCAUAUAUAAUUCAUUUCAUAUACAUUUGUCACGCUAUUAUUAUUAUUAUUAUAAGGUUAAGGACGCAGUUCACUACAAAGAAAACAAACAAAACUCUUCUGAUAGUUGAUUUCUUGAUUGAUUUUCUGCUCAUUACAUCUCCACCUUAUCAGAAAAUGGUUUAUUUUAACGAAGAGAAGAUUGUUUAGAUAAAGUGUCGUUUUUUGCUAGAAUUGUUGAGGUAUAGUCCCCAGUUAAGGCAGUUCCCACUUCAAGCCUUAACUAAAGUUAUACUGACAGAUUGGCCCUUUUGAGGGGCUGUGUCACGGCAGUCAGUUCCUUUUUUUCAAUUUUGCCAGUUAUUCGCCCUCAAUCGCUAUGGCACUUAAAGUACGCAACGAAAUUGCAUGUAAACAGACACAAGCAGAGAUUCCAGACAAACAAGUAUGUCUCCUGGGCAUUAUUUUCGAAAUUGCAAACAGCAGAGAUCAACUUUGAAAAACUGUUAGGCUGAACAGUUUUCAAAAACCCUAAUUUCAGUCCGUUUAAAUCUUCUUCAGUUUUGCCCAUCCGUGGCAUCUGUUGUAUCUGUUUAAGCGGUUAUUUUUCCGUUUCUCUUAAUUUAACGGGCAUUUUGUAAUUACCUAAUUUGGCUGAAUUUCGUGACACAGCUCCUUUAAGCUUGUCAGACGAAACCAGCUUAUUAAUAAGUACACUUUAUUUCAAAAAGAAUUAAAAGUUAUUUUACGUAUCAUUUUUUACCGCUGAAUUUCCCUAUAAUUAGGUAAUAAUGCCCUUCAGCAAAUUUUUGCCCUUGAACUUUAUUCAUAACUAGCUUAAAAUUCCCUGUGAUAUGGAAGGGACACAAUCAUGACUCUAAUGGCUCUUGGGUUUGUCCAUUGAUCGAUUCGAAAGAUCUAACUCUUGCAUACUCGUCCAAAGACCUGGUGUUGUUCCACACCCGCAACUUACUUUUCAAGAACCAUGUUUUAAAAACUACCUCAUCCUGUGUGUCAAAUCUUGCGCAAAUAAGUCUCGUUAAACAUGUUUUAGAUCGUCAUCAACUCGUGACGGUAAUAAAUGCCUUAUUCUUUAAUAAUGAAUUGACGGCGCCGUUCUACAUUCAGUGCAGAACUUUGCCGCGAGAAUUAGCAUCAAGAACAUGUAAAGAUAGUAUUCUAUAAUCAUUCCAAUCCUUUUUUGGAUUCCGGAUUCCAUAAGCAAAAUUAUUCGAAUCUGGAUUCCCUAACUUGGGGCGAAAAUGUGCUAAGUCAGUAGUCGAGUUGAAUGGGGACAAAUUCCGUCUUGAUAGGGAUUACCUUUCAUGAGCUAAAAUAACCACUUUUAGUACAAACCUCAUUGACAUGCAUUAAAAUUAAACACUAUUAAAAGAAAACAGAUCAUUGUUCUUGUUUGUUCCGGCUACCUCAAUUGCAUUUAACGUCAUCAAUCCACCUUAAUUGUUUUGUUUACCCUUUCUUCUUUCACUUUCCGCUCACGCGUACGGUGCUUGAAUUGGCAGGUGGAUGAUUUUGGAUGAAAUGUGCUUGCUCGUGCUAUUUUUGGCAAGUAUGAGUCUCCUCUGGAUGAACCAUUCGUUGUCUGUCUUGUUGCAAAUGACUUACGCUUGUACUCUCUGAUUUUAAUCUGUGAGUUAAUUCUAUUGCUGGCGGUUAUGGCUAGUUUUAAAGGUUUCUCAACUCUGAUUUCAACGCCAUUGACAGCAGAGGCUAAAUGAUGAUGCGCGACUCGCCAUGCUUACAAGCCAUACUCAUUUACUGCUUUGCCAUAAAUACCUUCGACGGAAAGAAGGAAAAAAUCACUAAAUAAAUAUAUCCCUGAUUUUUUCCCUUUCCAAUACUGACAUUAGACAUGAUUCUCCCAGGGGUCAGCCAUUAUCCCCUUCAAAAGGAAGUUUAUAAGCAAGGGAGAGAGCAGGCAACCCUGACAAACACCAAAUGCUGCAUUAAAUCGGUCAUUUUUCUUUUUGUUUUUUUUUUGGCCUUCAUAAAGAGGAGAGGAUUGCGCUGUUGUCGUUUUAUCUUCGAAAUUUCUGGCGAAUUGAUCAGCCAUGAUGCUUUACAGGCAGUUUUUCAUUUUUUCCUACAAGUAACAAUUUGCUAGAUCCCUUUAACCCUUUAAUCCUAGAGUGAUUAGCAUCAAGUUUCUUCUUGUAAUAUCAAUGCUUUGUAAAUCAGAGUGGUCAUGGGAAUAACGGACAUGAUCGCACAAGAAAAAUUUGCUUGAUAUUUUAUCAUCUUCUUCCCGCUACUUCUGAAGGACGUGAAUGGAAGCAACAAAUAAUAAUUCAAAUUUUGAUCUUAGAGUUCAACGGGUUUUAACCUUUAUUUUCUUGAACAUUGUUGAGUUAGCUAUCGGCUAACCGCCUGAAAUUGCAAAAAUAUUAAUUCACUCAAAACCUAGCUCAGUCAGUUUCCCUAGCGCUCCAUUGCUCUUUUUGCAAUAUGUAACCGAGCUUUUGAUAAAACUCUACUCCAGUGUUACUCAAACAGUUUCUCAGAUUGAGAGCGAUCAGACUGAAAACCACGGGGUUAUAACUUGUACAUCAAGACUGCGAGGCAUCUUUUAUUCAUGGUUACACUUAUAUUUUUUUUAUUCAUUCACAAGUUGUAAUAAAAUGAAUAAAUAUAGACCCUCUCGAGUACGUAAUUCGUACACUUAAUUAGUUCAGAAUCGAGUAAGCGAUGAUUGAAGGCAAUUGAGAUUGUUAGAGGCUAUUAAACGUAAAAGCCGUUUUCGUAGUUGUUAUUUUUCACGCUUGUAGCCGCAUUACAAGCCGCUGGCUCGAUUUUCGGGGGAUAGCGACGUUUAACGUCGCGAUCUUCCCAUAUUUCUGAACCGCGAGGCGCCAAGUCUAUUGUUUUGAACCAAGGGUUAUAUUACAUCAAGAGACCCGGAGCCUAUCUUAGAGCUGUCAACAAUGUUCGUUUAAUUGAGCAAUCUUUCAUCUUCGACACUUAAGCAUAAUAUCAAAUAGACUUCAAAAAUACUGCAUUGGAGCUUCACUCUUCGUCUUUAAUUUUAGCCGACCCACUAAAUAAACAAUAAAUAAGAACAAUGCUACCGAAAAAUAAUUACAACUGAGAACUUGAUGAAUAAACAAGGAAAACAAAUCGAGUAAUCGAGAUCGCUUGCUGUGAUUCAAAGUUGCAAUAGGCACGCAAUAAGUUCGAACGUAAGCAAGCCAAGCGACGGGAAUGUCUGCCACACGAACGUCUCGUAUAAAGUAAAAAGCAUGCCGGAAAGAAAGCUCUGCUCGCAGGGUACUUGAUCCCAUCUUACGAUCUCAAAAACCUUGCAACAAAGAAACACAAUUCCUAACUGUGCGGGGACGAAGGAAUUAAAAGAGAUGAAUAUGUUAAAGCAACGCAGGGAUAACUUUCAAUUUGGAGGAAAAUAUGAACUUAAUCUGCAGCUUACAGUAUUUUUUACAGCCGGUUUUUUUAGAAAUUUGGAAGUAUAAAUCCAGGGAUUAAAUCUGUCAAAAAUAUAUUUGGAAUUUGAAACGAGUUUGGAUAACACCCACGAGUUUGAUUAACACUCAGGGAAAAUCAGGCAACUUACAUAUACCAAGGAAGCUGGCUGAAUGGUCAACGCGUCGGACCAGUAAUCGGUGGUCUCGGGUUUAUAUUAUGCAAUCGAUUACGUAACCCCUUUUUAUACUCGGUCGUUAUGAGUUCAAAUCCUCAGCUGUUGCUUGUAAGAGGGUCUCAAUGGGGUUAACCGUCAGCCGUCCAUCAAACGGCCAAAAUAGAUAAAUAAAUAUAAAACUGUGAAGUUAUCUUAGCGUUUGCAGAAAGAUCCUAAGAGCGUAGUCAACUUUUAGGCCAUCUGCAUGGCCAAACUAACUAAAUUUUCAUGAAUUACGUCAGCGUAUUAUUCAGAGAAUGCCAUAGUUACGAGCGAAUGUGCAUUUGGUGACGUCACGGCCUAGUCACCCGUAAAAAUCAACCCGGCCUCAGUCCAUUUAAGGAAAUAAACCAAAAGUGCUUACUCAAGCACCUUAUGUACCACAUGUACCAUAGGCAUUGUAUGAAUUUCAAAUAAUGAAAAACUUAACUGAAACUCAACUUUCUUGAAAUAAUAUUUCCAGAGUACAGAAAGAUACUGCACGAGACUUAUCCACAGGUAGCAUUCCAUCUAAUCUAGAAGGAAAAGUUAAUCAUUCUAAAACAUUGCGAAUUUUCGAAAUCGACCUACGGAGACCGCGAGAAACAAAUAGCGAGAAACUCUGUUAAUGACAACAUGCCCAAAGCGUUUUGUCAUUGGAGCUCAAAGUUCGGUCGUGAUUUAAAAGGUUUUUUUUUUUAAUUCUUAUCAGAUGUUUAGUUAGAAUUCCGAUGUCUGGUGGAAUUUUUGUUUUUCAAGGGCUAAUAAUGGAACGGUAUAACAAUUAUUAGCCUCAAUUCCCGGUCAGUUUCGCACUGAGUUCGAGCAUUAUCUCUCCUUCGGCUCAGCUUCCCUGUUGCUAAACUUCUCUCCUUGGUCAUUUGGGGUACCAACUACUGCGUCAAUUAGCCCCUAGAUUUUCCUGUUUUUUUUUUUGUUGUUUUUUUGCCGAACGCCCGCUCUCAAACAAGGGCUUACGAUAUUCCGCAAGCCUUAGGGAAAAAAAAGUAUAAUCAUGCUCUUCCAUUCCCUAACAUUAUCAAUCCACUUUUUUUUGUGUACUCCCUCCUCUUCCACUUCGGUCGGUGCUUUGCUGGAGGGUUUUAGAUUAAAUGUGCUUACUCAUGUUGUUUUGCCUAAUGCUUAUCAUUUGCAUGAACCACUCGUCUUGUUGCAACUGGCUUAAGCUUCUACUCUCUGAUUUUAAUCUCUGAAUUGAUUCUGUUUCUGGCGCUAAUAUGGUUUAGUUUAGCUUUCUUAACUCUGAUUUCCAAGCCGCUGGCAGUAGAGCUUAGUGCAUGAUAAUGCGCCACUCACCAUGCUUACAAGCCCUACUCUGUUAAUGACAGCACGCCCAAAAUGUUUUGUUAAAAUUUUCUGAAUUAAAGAUAAUGAUCUCGUUUAUGGCCGUUUUCAUUGUUAACAAUCCAGUAAAAGACACUGAUUUGUCGUAAGUAUGGAAACAGAAGUCUUACCGCCUUAAUGUUUGCAGAAGUCUAAAGAUCGGCCUCCAGCGUUUUUAACCAAGCUGCCUAAUUCUCCUUAAAUGCAAUGGUACUAUAUAUAGGGUGUAUGAAAUAUAAAGACUCAAUACAUCAUGUGACGAACCUGAUAAACAAUGGAAACGCGGUUUCAGCGCAUUGGUAUGAGGAAGCGGUGCACUAAAAAGAAAGUCAAUAUAUGAUGGUUUGCACGUGACGUGACGCAGGCCAUGUUAGUGGUCAAUAACAAAAGCAUUUCUCUUCUCUGGGAACUCAACUCUAUUUCCAAGUAAAUUCUUCGAAAAAAAGUUAUUAUUGUACCGACCCCCAACACGGCCUCCUUGUUAUGUGGUUGCAACCAAGAAUUACGUAAUCAAAACUUUCAGUGAUAUUUCAGUCAGUUUCUUGAAUCUUGAAAAACGAACGAAUCAGUACAAUUUCCUGCCUAACUUGCAAUAUUUAGUCUUAAACUCAUUUCGAACAGUUAAUACCCUUUCUUUAAAAUUUUAAGGGCGUACAGGUUACGCCUCAAUAGUUCGUGUGGUAAGCAUUUUUUAUCUAGGAGCGUUUUUUGAAAUUUGCCAGCUACAUAUAGAUCUCGUUGUGCUAUGAAUGGGUACAAAGUAUUUGCCAAUAUAUGUUUUUCAGAGUGGUGACUAGAAGUUGAUCGCAGGUAUGAAUAGGGACCUUAAGCAAGGGCGACGACGACGGCAGUGAAAACGUCGAUAAAAAAAUUAAUAUUUGCGGUCUUUCAAACGUAAUCGCGUCUAUUUGGACCCGCUCAAUAUGUCAAAUGCAGUCGUUUUUUCCUGGAGUUGAAUUUUUAAGGAUUUUAUUCAGGUUCAAAAAGAGGAAGGAAAAGUCGUCGUCGUAUGUCCACGUUCUCUAUAAAACGUCAAAUUAGGAGGUUUCACGUCGAAGUCGUGCAGUGAACGUCAAAGACAUGUACUAAAAAUGGUGAUGCACUUGCAGAGCUGUUUUUUUGAUCAUUAAACCUACUGUUUUUUUGAAGUCUCGCUGUGACCGUCGUCGUAGUUGCAUAAGCUCCCCAAUAUCAUGUAUUAAAUUACGGGAUGUUGAAUAAGAAUAGUAGAAAGGCUGGUUUCCACUGACACCCUUUUGGCGACGCACGUUAACGCACGUAAAUUUUAAUCACGUGAUUAAAAUAGAGGCAACAUAAAAAGUACUGAGCUUAAACAAGAAGUUAAGCAAUGUUCAGAUUUUACGCUUGCGAGCGACCUGUCAUGCAUAACCUCUAUUUUUAUAUGCGAACGUAAAUUUUACGCUGACGUACUCAAGUAAAAAUUACGCGAUACUGGAAAUUAACCAUAAAUAAGAUCGACACCAGCAGGAGUACUUCUUUGGUACCGUUUCAGUGCUUAAAUAAAGUGAACUAAAAGGCCAAGUGAGGCCUGGUCAGUUAGUCGGCACGUCACACCCUUGAAGGACAACGUUGAAAUCAUUAUUAUGCAAAUCUCAAAUUACUAGUGAGGUAUGAUGAAUAAAGCAAACUUAGGAAGUUGCGACUUGUCAUAUAUAAAUAUGCCAUGCACUUGAAAUGAGACUCGAUGUUAUUGCAGUUACAGCCUACAAUAUAUGGGUUGUAACUGAAAAUCCCAAAAUCAUUAUUGCCUACUUAUGGCGGGUUAAUGUCCUUACCUCACUGUUCCGCGUAGAAACUACAACGUGUCGAAAUAAUCAUCGAUUAUUUAUGGAGGCCGUUUUUGGAAUUUCUUCGAUAGAUGGUAGGUGUUAUCUCACCUGCCCGUCGGCACCUGACAACAGACUGGCGAUUCUGACUAAUUCUGCGUCUUAAAAGUUCCGAAGAUGUAGGGAAAAUCGAACCAAUCAGAUUAAAAAAGAAAAACAAAUUUCACGCAUAAUUUUCAUCUCAUAUAAUAUGCAAUUACACAUCAUGGAAUUCGUUGUCGUUGCCAAUUGUGAUAAUUUAUACAUGUUAAACUCACAUGACGCUAGCCAAAAAAGGUAAAACUAAAACUUUAAGCUUGUUUACAAGGAUACUGAAGUGGUUGAAUAGACAAAAACUCUUAAGUAUUACUUCCUGGACAUACGGGUUUCGCAAGAAAAAUUAAAUAACCACUUAGAAGACUCAAAUUCCUAUUGGAGCAAGAGUAAGGGUGUAUAUUCAUUUGUUCGUUGGAUUUUUUUGGCAAGAAAGCGCAAAGGCUAUACGCGUAUCACGCUGUCAAUGAAUCACGCCACCCUUGAGUUUUAGUAGCACUAAGCUUAAUCGCGCAAGACUAAUGAAACAAAAGGAAUGAAAAAGGAAGGAUUACAAUUAAAUUUAGCAUAGUAAAGAAACAACUGCCUUCGCUUUGUUACAAAUCCAACCCAAUAUCAAGCUUAGAAUAGUUAGGCGACACACAUAUCAAACAUCUAAUUUUUUACUGACAGUAUUUGCUUACGCAAGCCAUUCUGAAGUUCAUAAAGUUUAUCGUCAACUUAGGUUCCUGAUUCAUGAGAUACAUUCGUCUUUUGUUUGCUUUCAGUAAAAUCACAGGAAAGCAUUGUGAAUUUUGGUUAAUUUAGUUUCACAAUUUUCCUAUAAAAAUAACUAUCGGGGGCGUAAAGAAACAGAGUCAUCAAUAUUCGACCCACCUUUCUAGCAAGUGCGACCGGAAAGCCGAGUUUAUAAAUAGGAUAUCAUAUGAAUCUAUAUUCAGUAAGCCGGAACCGUUCCUUUUAAUCUUAGACCUGAUUGGUUAUCUUUACACUAGGCUUUUAAGUAAGAGAUAAGAGCUGCUAGUUUUACUUAACUAAAAAUUCGUGUGUGAAGGCCUAAGUAAAAUCUCAAGUAACUUUACUUUGCAUCUCAUUUAAGUCGGAAAGUUGAAACGAUUCAAGAAAAUUUCAAGCGACUUGAAAACCAUCCUUAUGACCGACUUAGCUCAGUGACUUGCGGUUACUUACUUCUUGAGAAAGGCAAAACAUGUUAAUCAAUCUUAAUUAUGUUGCGUGGGAAAAUAGCCUUAAGUUUCCCUGCUAGCAGAGAGACCUCUGCUUAAGUUAACCUGAAGUAAAAAAGAAUCGGUUGUGUGUAAAGCUUUAUUUUACUUGAAGUAAUUAAAAUUUACUUGUCUUAAAAUAAUUCUUAGCUUUUUUAGGCUCUAGUGUAAAGACUACCAUUAUUUUCGAAUGUUACUGUAAUCAAACGUUGAACAGGGGAAGGGGAACGGGGGAUGGUGGACAGGGAACGAGUACGAGAAAAUAACAGCUAGAUUAAACAAAGAAUUGGAAAAGAAGUUACCGCUGGGGUUAGGGUUCAAGUGAGCUUUUGUAUGCAAGUUUUCAUUUUUCCUGUUCUCCUUGCUCGUUCCCCGCACGCACGUUCUGGCGACUUGAUUAGCCAUGAUGCUUUACCGGCAGUUUUUCAUUUUUUCCUACAAGUAACAAUUUGCUAGAUCCAUUUAACCCUUUAAUCCUAGAGUGAUUAGCAUCAAGUUUCUUCUUGUAAUAUCAAUGCUUUGUAAAUCAGAGUGGUCAUGGGAAUAACGGACAUGAUCACAAAAGAAAAAUUUGCUUGAUAUUUUAUGAAUGGAAGCAACAAAUAAUAAUUCAAAUUUUGAUCUUAGAGUUCAACGGAUUUUAACCUUUAUUUUCUUGAACACUGUCGAGUUAGCUAUCGCCUAGCCGCCUGAAAUUGCAAAAAUAUUAAUUCACUCAAAACCUAGCUCAGUCAGUUUCCCUAGCGCUACAUUGCUCUUUUUUGCAAUAUGUAACCGAGCUUUUGAUAAAACUCUACUCCAGUGUUACUCAAACAGUUUCUCAGUUUGAGAGCGAUCAGACUGAAAACCACGGGGUUAUAACUUGUACAUCAAGACUGCGAGGCAUCUUUUAUUCAUGGUUACAGUUAUAUCUUUUUUAUUCAUUCACAAGUUGUAAUAAAAUGAAUAAAUAUAGACCCUCUCGAGUACGUAAUUCGUACACUUAAUUAGUUCAGAAUCGAGUAAGCGAUGAUUGAAGGCAAUUGAGAUUGUUAGAGGCUAUUAAACGUAAGAGCCGUUUUCGUAGUUGUAAUUUUUCACCGCUUGUAGCCAUUACGUGAUCUAUGGUUUGCCGCAGCCUAUCCUUCAACUCCGUCUCAAGCCUUAUUUUGAUACAGGUUGGCGCUUUAUCUCGAUCCACAAAACUAGAAGUACUCUGCAAUUUAUUUUUUAAAGAGUCAGGGUUAUUUUCAGUUACUAAUAUUUUCCACCGCAUCAUUUCAGCUGCAGUAGAACCCCUAUGUGCAACCACCCCUGGUAAGCGACCACCAAUCCAAAACGCCACAGUUUAAGUCUUACAGUUGGAGCCUCUCAGUCGUAAAAGACCACCUCCUGUGAGCGACCACGACCACUAUUUGGGGCUGACGGCUGACAGUUAAAUUUUGGAGCUUUUACAGUUGAUGGUUAUUCAGUUGAAAUUAACAAUGCAAUUUCCAAAUUUCUAGGAGCCGGCAUUCCGUGGAGAUCAGCUGAAAUAGUGAGAUUGAAAAUACUUUGAGACUUUUUGACGUUUAAUAUUAAUCUGCAUGUUUGACAGUUCACGGUAAAAAAUAAGCUUUUUAAUUUGGCGUUUGACGGUUAAUUUUUGGCCGUUUGAUGGACGGCUGACGGUUAACCCCAUUGAGACCCUCUUACAAGCAACGGCUGAGGAUUUCAACCAGUAACGAUCGAGUAUAAAAAGGGGUUACGUAAUCAAUUACAUAAUAUAAACCCGAGACCACCGAUUACAGGUCCGACGCGUUGACCAUUCAGCCAGCUUCCUUGGUAUAUGUAAGCUGCCUGAUUUUCCCUGAGUGUUCAUCAAACUCUUGGGUGUGAUCCAAACCCGUUUCAAAUUCCAAAUAUUUUUGACAGAUUUAAUCUCUGGAUUUAUAUUUCCAAAUUUCUCAAAAAACCGGCUGUAAAAAAUACUGUAAGCUUUAGAUUAAGUUCAUAUUUUCCUCCAAAUUGAAAGCUAUCCCUUCGUUACUUUAGCAUAUUCAUCGCUUUUAAUUCCUUUGUCCCCGCACAGUUAGGAAUUGUGUUUCUUUGUUGCAAGGUUUUUAAGAUCGUAAAAUGGGAUCAAGUACCCUGCGAGCAGAGCUUUCUUUCCGGCAUGCUUUUUGCUUUGUACGAGACGUUCGUGUGGCAGACAUUCCCGUCGCUUGGCUUGCUUACGUUCGAACUUAUUGCGUGCCUAUUGCAACUUUGAAUCACAGCAAGCGAUCACGAUUACUCGAUUUGGGCGACGCCCACAUAAAUAUAAAACUGUGAAGUUAUCUUAGCGUUUGCAGAAAGAUCCUAAGAGCGUAGUCAACUUUUAGGCCAUCUGCAUGGCCAAACUAACUAAAUUUUCAUUAAUUACGUCAGCGUAUUAUUUAGAGAAUGCCAUAGUUACGAGCGAAUGUGCAUUUGGUGACGUCACGGCCUGGUCACCCGUAAAAAUCAACCCGGCCUCAGUCCAUUUAAGGAAAUAAACCAAAAGUGCUUACUCAAGCACCUUAUGUACCACAUGUACCAUAGGCAUUGUAUGAAUUUCAAAUAAUGUAAAACUUAACUGAAACUCAACUUUCUUGAAAUAAUAUUUCCAGACUACAGAAAGACACUGCACGAGACUGAUCCACAAGUAGCAAUCUAUCAAAUCUAGAAGGAAAAGUUAAUCAUUCUAAAACAUUGCGAAUUUUCGAAAUCGACCUAAGGAGACCGCCAGAAACAAAUAGCGAGAAACUCUGUUAAUGACAACAUGCCCAGAGCGUUUUGUCAUUGGAGCUCAAAGUUCGGUCGUGUUUUACAAGAAUUUUUAAUUUUUAUCAGAUGUUUAGUUAGAAUUCCGAUGUUUGGUGGAAUUUUUGUUUUUUUCAAGGGCUAAUAAUGGAACGUUAUAACGAUAUUAGCCUCAAUUCCCGGUCAGUUUCGCACUGAGUUCGAGCAUUAUCUCUCCUUCGGCUCAGCUUCUCUGUUACUAAACUUCUCUCCAUUGUCAUUUGGGGUAACAACUACUGCGUCAAUUAGCCUCUAGAUUUUCCUGUUUUUUUUCCUUUUUUUGCCGAACGCCUGCUAUCAAACAAGGGCUUACGAUAUUUCGCAAGCUUUAGGGAAAAAAAGUAUAAUCGUGCUCUUCCAUUCCUUAACAUUAUCAAUCCACUUUUUUUUGUGUACCACUUCCUCUUCCACUUCGCUCGGUGCUUUGUUGGAGGGUUUUAGAUUAAAUGUGCUUACUCAUGUUGUUUGGCUAGUCCUUAUCAUUUUCAUGAACCACUCGUCUUGUUGCAACUGACUUAAGCUUCUACUCUCCGAUUUUAAUCUCCGAAUUGAUUUUGUUUCUGUUUAUGGUUAGUUUAGCUUUCUCAACUCUGAUUUCCACGCCGCUGGCAGCAGAGCUUAGUACAUGAUAAUGCGCCACUCACCAUGCUUACAAGCCCUACUCUGUUAAUGACAGCACGCCCAAAAUGUUUUGUUAAAAUUUUCUAAAUUAAAGAUAAUGAUCUCGUUUAUGGCCGUUUUCAUUGUUAAAAAUCCAGUAAAACACACUGAUUUGUCGUAAGUAUGGAAACAUAAGUCUUACCGCCUUAAUGUUUGCAGAAGUCUAAAGAUCGGCCUCCAGAGUUUUUAACCAAGCUGCCUAAUUCUCUUUAAAUGCAAUGGUACUAUAUAUAGGGUGUUUAAAAUAUAAAGAUUCAAUACAUCAAGUGACGAACCUGAUAAACCAUGAAAACGCAGUUUCAGCGCAUUGGUAUGAGGAAGUGGUGAACCACAAAGAAAGUCAAUGUAUGAUGGUUUGCACGUCACGUGAUGGAGGCCAUGUUAGUGCUCAAUAACAAAAGCAUUUAGAGAGUGGUAAGAAGUUGAGCAAGGUUCAACUUUCACGCUAACGAGCGACCUGUCAUGCAUAGCCUCUUUUUUUAUACGCGAGCCUAAAUUUUACGCUGACGUACGCACGUAAACAUUAUUUGAUACUGAAAUUAACCGUAAAUAAGAUUGACACCAGCAGGGGUACUUUUUGGUACCGUUUCAAUGCUCAAGUGAAGUGAACUAAAAAAGCCAAGUGAGGCCUUCUCAGUUGGUCGGCACGUCCGCACCCUUGAAGGACAACGUUGAAAUCAUUAUUAUGCAAAUCUCAAAUUACUAGUGAGGUAUGAUGAAUAAAGCAAGCUUUUGAAGUUGCGACUUGUCAUAUAUAAAUAUGCCAUGCACUUGAAAUGAGACUCGAUGUUAUUGCAGUUACAGCCUGCAAUAUAUGUGUUUGUAACUGAAAAUCCCAAAAUCAUUAUUGCCCACUUAUUGCGGGUUAAUGUCCUUACAUCACUGUUCCGCGUAGAAACUACAACGUGUCGAAAUAAUCAUCGAUUAUUUAUGGAGGCCGUUUUUGGAAUUUCUUCGAUAGAUGGUAGGUGUUAUCUCACCUGCCCGUCGGCACCUGACAACAGACUGGCGAUUCUGACUAAUUCUGCGUCUUAAAAGUUCCGAAGAUGUAGGGAAAAUCGAACCAAUCAGAUUAAAAAAGAAAAACAAAUUUCACGCAUAAUUUUCAUCUCAUAUAAUAUGCAAUUACACAUCAUGGAAUUCGUUGUCGUUGCCAAUUGUGAUAAUUUAUACAUGUUAAACUCACAUGACGCUAGCCAAAAAAGGUAAAACUAAAACUUUAAGCUUGUUUACAAGGAUACUGAAGUGGUUGAAUAGACAAAAACUCUUAAGUAUUACUUCCUGGACAUACGGGUUUCGCAAGAAAAAUUAAAUAACCACUUAGAAGACUCAAAUUCCUAUUGGAGCAAGAGUAAGGGUGUAUAUUCAUUUGUUCGUUGGAUUUUUUUGGCAAGAAAGCGCAAAGGCUAUACGCGUAUCACGCUGUCAAUGAAUCACGCCACCCUUGAGUUUUAGUAGCACUAAGCUUAAUCGCGCAAGACUAAUGAAACAAAAGGAAUGAAAAAGGAAGGAUUACAAUUAAAUUUAGCAUAGUAAAGAAACAACUGCCUUCGCUUUGUUACAAAUCCAACCCAAUAUCAAGCUUAGAAUAGUUAGGCGACACACAUAUCAAACAUCUAAUUUUUUACUGACAGUAUUUGCUUACGCAAGCCAUUCUGAAGUUCAUAAAGUUUAUCGUCAACUUAGGUUCCUGAUUCAUGAGAUACAUUCGUCUUUUGUUUGCUUUCAGUAAAAUCACAGGAAAGCAUUGUGAAUUUUGGUUAAUUUAGUUUCACAAUUUUCCUAUAAAAAUAACUAUCGGGGGCGUAAAGAAACAGAGUCAUCAAUAUUCGACCCACCUUUCUAGCAAGUGCGACCGGAAAGCCGAGUUUAUAAAUAGGAUAUCAUAUGAAUCUAUAUUCAGUAAGCCGGAACCGUUCCUUUUAAUCUUAGACCUGAUUGGUUAUCUUUACACUAGGCUUUUAAGUAAGAGAUAAGAGCUGCUAGUUUUACUUAACUAAAAAUUCGUGUGUGAAGGCCUAAGUAAAAUCUCAAGUAACUUUACUUUGCAUCUCAUUUAAGUCGGAAAGUUGAAACGAUUCAAGAAAAUUUCAAGCGACUUGAAAACCAUCCUUAUGACCGACUUAGCUCAGUGACUUGCGGUUACUUACUUCUUGAGAAAGGCAAAACAUGUUAAUCAAUCUUAAUUAUGUUGCGUGGGAAAAUAGCCUUAAGUUUCCCUGCUAGCAGAGAGACCUCUGCUUAAGUUAACCUGAAGUAAAAAAGAAUCGGUUGUGUGUAAAGCUUUAUUUUACUUGAAGUAAUUAAAAUUUACUUGUCUUAAAAUAAUUCUUAGCUUUUUUUAGGCUCUAGUGUAAAGACUACCAUUAUUUUCGAAUGUUACUGUAAUCAAACGUUGAACAGGGGAAGGGAACGGGGGAUGGUGGACAGGGAACGAGUACGAGAAAAUAACAGCUAGAUUAAACAAAGAAUUGGAAAAGAAGUUACCGCUGGGGUUAGGGUUCAAGUGAGCUUUUUGUAUGCAAGUUUUCAUUUUUCCUGUUCUCCUUGCUCGUUCCCCCACGCACGUUCUGGCGACUUGAUUAGCCAUGAUGCUUUACCGGCAGUUUUUCAUUUUUUCCUACAAGUAACAAUUUGCUAGAUCCAUUUAACCCUUUAAUCCUAGAGUGAUUAGCAUCAAGUUUCUUCUUGUAAUAUCAAUGCUUUGUAAAUCAGAGUGGUCAUGGGAAUAACGGACAUGAUCACAAAAGAAAAAUUUGCUUGAUAUUUUAUGAAUGGAAGCAACAAAUAAUAAUUCAAAUUUUGAUCUUAGAGUUCAACGGAUUUUAACCUUUAUUUUCUUGAACACUGUCGAGUUAGCUAUCGCCUAGCCGCCUGAAAUUGCAAAAAUAUUAAUUCACUCAAAACCUAGCUCAGUCAGUUUCCCUAGCGCUACAUUGCUCUUUUUGCAAUAUGUAACCGAGCUUUUGAUAAAACUCUACUCCAGUGUUACUCAAACAGUUUCUCAGUUUGAGAGCGAUCAGACUGAAAACCACGGGGUUAUAACUUGUACAUCAAGACUGCGAGGCAUCUUUUAUUCAUGGUUACAGUUAUAUCUUUUUUAUUCAUUCACAAGUUGUAAUAAAAUGAAUAAAUAUAGACCCUCUCGAGUACGUAAUUCGUACACUUAAUUAGUUCAGAAUCGAGUAAGCGAUGAUUGAAGGCAAUUGAGAUUGUUAGAGGCUAUUAAACGUAAGAGCCGUUUUCGUAGUUGUAAUUUUUCACCGCUUGUAGCCAUUACGUGAUCUAUGGUUUGCCGCAGCCUAUCCUUCAACUCCGUCUCAAGCCUUAUUUUGAUACAGGUUGGCGCUUUAUCUCGAUCCACAAAACUAGAAGUACUCUGCAAUUUAUUUUUUAAAGAGUCAGGGUUAUUUUCAGUUACUAAUAUUUUCCACCGCAUCAUUUCAGCUGCAGUAGAACCCCUAUGUGCAACCACCCCUGGUAAGCGACCACCAAUCCAAAACGCCACAGUUUAAGUCUUACAGUUGGAGCCUCUCAGUCGUAAAAGACCACCUCCUGUGAGCGACCACGACCACUAUUUGGGGCUGACGGCUGACAGUUAAAUUUUGGAGCUUUUUACAGUUGAUGGUUAUUCAGUUGAAAUUAACAAUGCAAUUUCCAAAUUUCUAGGAGCCGGCAUUCCGUGGAGAUCAGCUGAAAUAGUGAGAUUGAAAAUACUUUGAGACUUUUUGACGUUUAAUAUUAAUCUGCAUGUUUGACAGUUCACGGUAAAAAAUAAGCUUUUUAAUUUGGCGUUUGACGGUUAAUUUUUGGCCGUUUGAUGGACGGCUGACGGUUAACCCCAUUGAGACCCUCUUACAAGCAACGGCUGAGGAUUUCAACCAGUAACGAUCGAGUAUAAAAAGGGGUUACGUAAUCAAUUACAUAAUAUAAACCCGAGACCACCGAUUACAGGUCCGACGCGUUGACCAUUCAGCCAGCUUCCUUGGUAUAUGUAAGCUGCCUGAUUUUCCCUGAGUGUUCAUCAAACUCUUGGGUGUGAUCCAAACCCGUUUCAAAUUCCAAAUAUUUUUGACAGAUUUAAUCUCUGGAUUUAUAUUUCCAAAUUUCUCAAAAAACCGGCUGUAAAAAAUACUGUAAGCUUUAGAUUAAGUUCAUAUUUUCCUCCAAAUUGAAAGCUAUCCCUUCGUUACUUUAGCAUAUUCAUCGCUUUUAAUUCCUUUGUCCCCGCACAGUUAGGAAUUGUGUUUCUUUGUUGCAAGGUUUUUAAGAUCGUAAAAUGGGAUCAAGUACCCUGCGAGCAGAGCUUUCUUUCCGGCAUGCUUUUUGCUUUGUACGAGACGUUCGUGUGGCAGACAUUCCGUCGCUUGGCUUGCUUACGUUCGAACUUAUUGCGUGCCUAUUGCAACUUUGAAUCACAGCAAGCGAUCACGAUUACUCGAUUUGGGCGACGCCCACAUAAAUAUAAAACUGUGAAGUUAUCUUAGCGUUUGCAGAAAGAUCCUAAGAGCGUAGUCAACUUUUAGGCCAUCUGCAUGGCCAAACUAACUAAAUUUUCAUUAAUUACGUCAGCGUAUUAUUUAGAGAAUGCCAUAGUUACGAGCGAAUGUGCAUUUGGUGACGUCACGGCCUGGUCACCCGUAAAAAUCAACCCGGCCUCAGUCCAUUUAAGGAAAUAAACCAAAAGUGCUUACUCAAGCACCUUAUGUACCACAUGUACCAUAGGCAUUGUAUGAAUUUCAAAUAAUGUAAAACUUAACUGAAACUCAACUUUCUUGAAAUAAUAUUUCCAGACUACAGAAAGACACUGCACGAGACUGAUCCACAAGUAGCAAUCUAUCAAAUCUAGAAGGAAAAGUUAAUCAUUCUAAAACAUUGCGAAUUUUCGAAAUCGACCUAAGGAGACCGCCAGAAACAAAUAGCGAGAAACUCUGUUAAUGACAACAUGCCCAGAGCGUUUUGUCAUUGGAGCUCAAAGUUCGGUCGUGUUUUACAAGAAUUUUUAAUUUUUAUCAGAUGUUUAGUUAGAAUUCCGAUGUUUGGUGGAAUUUUUGUUUUUCAAGGGCUAAUAAUGGAACGUUAUAACGAUAUUAGCCUCAAUUCCCGGUCAGUUUCGCACUGAGUUCGAGCAUUAUCUCUCCUUCGGCUCAGCUUCUCUGUUACUAAACUUCUCUCCAUUGUCAUUUGGGGUAACAACUACUGCGUCAAUUAGCCUCUAGAUUUUCCUGUUUUUUUUCCUUUUUUUGCCGAACGCCUGCUAUCAAACAAGGGCUUACGAUAUUUCGCAAGCUUUAGGGAAAAAAAGUAUAAUCGUGCUCUUCCAUUCCUUAACAUUAUCAAUCCACUUUUUUUUGUGUACCACUUCCUCUUCCACUUCGCUCGGUGCUUUGUUGGAGGGUUUUAGAUUAAAUGUGCUUACUCAUGUUGUUUGGCUAGUCCUUAUCAUUUUCAUGAACCACUCGUCUUGUUGCAACUGACUUAGCUUCUACUCUCCGAUUUUAAUCUCCGAAUUGAUUUUGUUUCUGUUUAUGGUUAGUUUAGCUUUCUCAACUCUGAUUUCCACGCCGCUGGCAGCAGAGCUUAGUACAUGAUAAUGCGCCACUCACCAUGCUUACAAGCCCUACUCUGUUAAUGACAGCACGCCCAAAAUGUUUUGUUAAAAUUUUCUAAAUUAAAGAUAAUGAUCUCGUUUAUGGCCGUUUUCAUUGUUAAAAAUCCAGUAAAACACACUGAUUUGUCGUAAGUAUGGAAACAUAAGUCUUCCGCCUUAAUGUUUGCAGAAGUCUAAAAGAUCGGCCUCCAGAGUUUUUUAACCAAGCUGCCUAAUUCUCUUUAAAUGCAAUGGUACUAUAUAUAGGGUGUUUAAAAUAUAAAGAUUCAAUACAUCAAGUGACGAACCUGAUAAACCAUGAAAACGCAGUUUCAGCGCAUUGGUAUGAGGAAGUGGUGAACCACAAAGAAAGUCAAUGUAUGAUGGUUUGCACGUCACGUGAUGGAGGCCAUGUUAGUGCUCAAUAACAAAAGCAUUUAGAGAGUGGUAAGAAGUUGAGCAAGGUUCAACUUUCACGCUAACGAGCGACCUGUCAUGCAUAGCCUCUUUUUUUAUACGCGAGCCUAAAUUUUACGCUGACGUACGCACGUAAACAUUAUUUGAUACUGGAAAUUAACCGUAAAUAAGAUUGACACCAGCAGGGGUACUUUUUGGUACCGUUUCAAUGCUCAAGUGAAGUGAACUAAAAAGCCAAGUGAGGCCUUCUCAGUUGGUCGGCACGUCCGCACCCUUGAAGGACAACGUUGAAAUCAUUAUUAUGCAAAUCUCAAAUUACUAGUGAGGUAUGAUGAAUAAAGCAAGCUUUUGAAGUUGCGACUUGUCAUAUAUAAAUAUGCCAUGCACUUGAAAUGAGACUCGAUGUUAUUGCAGUUACAGCCUGCAAUAUAUGUGUUUGUAACUGAAAAUCCCAAAAUCAUUAUUGCCCACUUAUUGCGGGUUAAUGUCCUUACAUCACUGUUCCGCGUAGAAACUACAACGUGUCGAAAUAAUCAUCGAUUAUUUAUGGAGGCCGUUUUUGGAAUUUCUUCGAUAGAUGGUAGGUGUUAUCUCACCUGCCCGUCGGCACCUGACAACAGACUGGCGAUUCUGACUAAUUCUGCGUCUUAAAAGUUCCGAAGAUGUAGGGAAAAUCGAACCAAUCAGAUUAAAAAAGAAAAACAAAUUUCACGCAUAAUUUUCAUCUCAUAUAAUAUGCAAUUACACAUCAUGGAAUUCGUUGUCGUUGCCAAUUGUGAUAAUUUAUACAUGUUAAACUCACAUGAAGCUUGCCAAAAAAGGUAAAACUAAAAUUUUAAGCUUGUUUGCAAGGAUACUGAAGUGGUUGAAUAGACAAAAACUCUUAAGUAUUACUUCCUGGACAUACGGGUUGCGCAAGAAAAAUUAAAUAACCACUUAGAAGACUCAAAUUCCUAUUGGAGCAAGAGUAAGGGUGUAUAUUCAUUUUUUCGUUGGAUCUUUUUUGGCAAGAAAGUGCAAAGGCUAUACGCAUAUCACGCUGUCAAUGAAUCACGCCACCCUUGAGUUUAGUAGCACUAAGCUUAAUUGCGCAAGACUAAUGAAACAAAAGGAAUGAAAAAGGAAGGAUUACAAUUAAAUUUAGCAUAGUAAAGAAACAACUGCCUUCGCUUUGUUACAAAUCCAACCCAAUAUCAAGCUUAGAAUAGUUAGGCGACACACAUAUCAAACGGCAUUUUUUACUGACAGUAUUUGCUUACGCAAGCCAUUCUGAACUUCAUAAAUAGCUUUAAAGUGCUUGAGUUUCAGUGGUUCAACAAGGAAGUUGACGAUGAAAUCGUCAACUUAGGUUCCUGAUUCAUGAGAUACAUUCGUCUUUUGUUUGCUUUCAGUAAAAUCACAGGUAAACAGUGUGAAUUUUGGUUAAUUUAGUUUCACAAUUUUCCUAUAAAAAUAACUAUCGGGAACGUAAAGAAACAGAGUCAUCAUGAUCAAUAUUCGACGCACCUUUCUAGCAACUGCGACUGGAGAGCGAAGUUUAUAAAUAGGAUAUUAUAUGGGUCUAUAUUCAGUAAACCGGAACCGUUCCUUUUAAUCUUAGACCUGAUUGGUUAUCUUUACACUAGGCUGUUAAGUAAGACAUAAGAGCUGCUAGUUUUACUUAACUAAAAAUUCGUGUGUGAAGGCGUAAGUAAAAUCUCAAGUAACAUUACUUUGCAUCUCAUUUAAGUCGGAAAGUUGAAACGAUUCAAUGCUCAAAUGAAGUAAACUAAAAAGCCCAGUGAGGCCUUCUCAGUUGGUCGGCACGUCACACCCUUGAAGGACAACUUUGAAAUCAUUAUUAUGCAAAUCUCAAAUUGCUAGUGAGGUAUGAUGAAUAAAGCAAACUUUUAAAGGCCCAUGUUCACCCUAGAUGCAUUGCGCGCCCUGUACUCCAGAAAAAACAUUUCGCGUAGUUGAAAAUCGCUGCCUUUAGUGUGUAAGGUCAAUCUUUGUUAAUCUUCUACAGUUCGCUAAAUCUGGUUUAACAGAAAGUCUCAACAAGUUCUUUUGGUAUUUUUCUUUACAUCUUCUCGGAUUUUUUGGAAUGAUAUCGAGCUUUUUUGUUUCUGUGAGAGUUCAUUUCACUGCAGCACUUUCGAUGGCGGCUCCAUCGAAACGAACGGUUGGAAGCAUGGUUGGAAGACCGCGUCGACGGGGGUCGCCGAAGUACAUUGGUCUCCGUGAAUCCGUUUUUUUAAUUCCUGGAGAGAUGGGAAAGAAACUCUUGGCUGUAAAUUCUACAGACAGCGUGUUUGCCGAGUUCUGUCUACAUCGAAUGUUCAAUUGUAAACAAAGGUCCCGUUGAAAUCAGUUGAAAGCAAAACAAGCGAGUCAAUCUAACAUGAACAAUGCUUUGUUUAAUUUAACCUAUGAAGCGAGUGAUAUCCUUAACGUAAACUUAUCGUCUGGCGUAUCACGAUUAAAUUCGGCUCUAAAGUAACGAGAACUCUUAUUAGCAAACCAAUCCUUAGCAAAACCUAAAGAAAGUGUAAUACAGCGAUUACAGCGACAAGACCGUACGCAGUGCCGAUUCGACGCUUUGCAAACACAACUUCUCGCUUAUUCUUUCGAGCACACAUACCUAAGCUUCCUAAGAAUUAACACAAAAUAAUAGAUUGAGGAAUCAAAACAUUUCACAGUCGAAUCGGGCUUCAGAAAAACCUCACCUGGUGCUUAUUAGACGUUUUGUAAUUUAUGACCUUCAUUGUGUUCAUCGGACUCAACAAAGCAUCCAUAUGCAUUCACUACCAGUUUAAAUUUUGAACUGCUUUCUGCGGUGACAUUUAACCCCGGGCAUUUAACGAAGUCGGCGAUAUAUCUUCCUCCAUUUGAAAAAGAAUUCAAAGUCUUACUGGCCUCUCUGAUAAAAAGCUGCAAUUGUAGUCUCCCUCGCAGUCGUUUUUAGUAUCGUCACGCAACGCUCCUCACAGUGGAAGCCAAUCAAAACACUGCAUUUGACAAAAGAAUCGUUUCAAAACAAAAACACAAGCGCGCAAAGCCGUUUGGGUGAACAUGGGCUAAAGUUGCGACUUGUCAUAUAUAAAUGUACCAUGCACUUGAAAUGAGAUUCGAUGUUAUUACAGUUACAGCCUGCAAUAUACGGGUUGUAAAUGAAAAUCCGAAAAUCAUUACUGCCCACUUAUUGCGUGUUAAUGUCCUUACAACACUGUUCCGCCUUCGCUUUGUUACAAAUCCAACCCAAUAUCAAGCUUAGAAUAGGCGACACACAUAUCAAACAUUUCAUUUUUUACUGACAGUAUUUGCUUACCCAAGCCAUUCUGAAGUUCAUAAAUAGGUUUAAAGUGCCUAAGUUUCCAGUGGUUCAACAAGGAAGUGACGAUUUCAUCGCCAACUUAGGUUCCUGA